UCACCAUCUUCACUCUUCUUCUAUCAUCAACAAUGCCCUCCCAGAAAGAGAAAAUCAUCUUCUCCGUUGCAGCCGCCGCCGCCGGAGCUGCCCUCAUCGGCGCCGCCCUCACCGCAACCGGCACAAUCCCCCUCCCCAAACCCGUCAAGUACCUCAAACACAAGAAAUCCUCUCCGCGCUCCAACCCGCCCACCUCCUCCUACCCCGACUACGCCAACUCAGAGCACACCUUCGUCUCCCCCUCCAGCGGCCGCACAAUAUCCUACGCUGAGUACGGCUCGGCCGACUCCGACAACGUCGUCGUCUACGAGCACGGCAACCCUGGCUCCCGCGUCCUGCCCAUCGGCGCCUCGCUCAAGGACAAAAACAUCCGCGUCCUCGCAAUGGACCGCCCGGGACACGGCUUCUCCUCCCUCCCUGUUGACGGCAAGACCGUGAUCGAGACCGCUGUCUCCGACGUCGGCGAGCUGCUCGACCACCUCGAGAUCAAGACCAAGGUCAUGCUCGUCGGCUUCUCCGCCGGCGGCCCGCACGUCAUCGCCAUCCUCAAGACCUUCCCCGACCGCAUCCGCUCCGUCUACUGCCUCGGGCCCGCGGGAUACUUUGACGACGAAAAGUCCUGGUCCGACGUCUCUCCCGGCGCGGCCGCCACAAACAAGCUCGCGCUCACCAACCCAAAGAAAUUCUACUACAACCUCAUCGCCUCGGCCGAUGCCAUCACCGACUGCUCCAACGUCAUUGAGAACAUGAAGAACUUUUCCUCCGCUGGUGACGCGGAGUUCCUCGCCACUCACCCGAUCGAGGCCCUCGGCUGGCAAUACGUCAACUACGAGGCCUACCGCCAGGGCAUCGUCGGCUACGCAAACUCCUGCGUCGAGAUCUUUGGCGCCGCCCUCGCUACAAAGCCCUGGCCUGUCCUUGGCGAUCUCUCAAAGAUCGAGGGAAUCACGGGGAAGAAAGUGACGAUCUUCCACAGCCCGGCUGAUCAGCUUACCUCGCUCACUGGAUCUCGCCAAAUGGUCGAAAUGCUCAAGACCGCGGGCGCUGACGCUACCCUCAUCGAGCCUCAGCCUACCGACGGUGGUCAUUUCCAGACUCUUAACCUUGGUUUUGACUACAUUCUCGAGAACGAGUGUGCUUAAAUGUAUAUUUAGUAGAACUAGACUUGAAUCAUAUUAGAAUCAUAUUAGACUCAU